UCGCUCUCUCUCUCUCUCUCUCCCCCCCUCCUUCUCUCCUCUUCUCCAUCUCUCUCUAUCUCUCUCCGUCUGUGUGUGUGGAAGUUAGGGUUUGCUGAUUUCCUUGUGCGGUUCUUCAAUUUUAUGCUCGGACUUCACCAGAUCACGAUUCUCGGCUUUGUGGCUGGGUAACAUAAUCAACUUAAGAGUCCAAUCGUUCUACAGUUAUUGGCAGUUCUGUAUGGUUGUUUGGAAUGUAUCACGAAUGUAAACACCAGUAAUAGGUAUAGUUAAUCUGUGUUCGAUGAGCACCUUCUGGUACAACUUUUCAAGCUGCUUCUAUAGUUCCUGUUGAUUCUGGAAAGGAAGCGUUUACGCUACCCGAGGAUCUUUUGUAUCCAUGCUGGCAGAGAGCAUGCGUGGAAUCUGUGCUUCGGGUAAUGCCCCAGACGAGAAUUGCUGCCGAUACACUCGGUGUGUUGACCGUAUGUCUAGUUGCUCUCUUGAUCCUUCUGGGUGUCCUCUGCAUCACCUACUUGUUUUACUUUCGCUGUCGUAUUCGUAGUCAGGGUUUUGUUCAACUCAGUUAUUUCAGUGGCCCUUGGAUAAUCCGAAUAACUUUCAUUUUGUUUGCAAUCUGGUGGGGAAUUGGUGAAAUUAUCCGGUUAAGUUUGUUGAGACGGGAAGGAAGACUGUUGAAUACCCUUAACUUGAAAUGGCAGGAGACUGUCUGCAAAUGCUAUAUUGUCUCAAACCUGGGGUUUGCAGAACCUUGCCUAUUCCUGACCCUUGUGUUCCUACUUCGUGCUCCUUUGCAUACAAUGGAGUCAGGUAUUCUAAGCCGACAAUGGAAUGGGAAAACAGCUGGUUACAUUCUUUUCUACUGCCUCCCAAUGGUUCUUCUACAGCUCGUUGUCAUAGUAAUUGGACCCACUCUGAACAGUAAUCAUGAGUUGCCUCCCUACUUUACCAUUACCAGUUCAAUGAACAAGACUGAUCAGAUUGUCCUCUGCACUUACCCUUUACUGAGUACAUUACUUCUUGGGAUUUUUGCCAUCAUUCUAACUGCCUACGUGUUUUGGCUUGGAAGGCAGAUUUUAAAGAUGGUCAUCAAUAAGGGUCUGCAGAAAAGAGUUUAUACAUUGAUAUUCUCAGUUUCAAGUUUCCUUCCAUUGAGGGUUACUUUGCUUAGCUUCUCUGUUUUAUCUAAACCAGAGCACUUUCAGUUUGAAGCUCUUGCUUUCUUGGCUUUUCUUGCCCUUUUAUGUUGUGCGGGUGUGUGUAUAUGCAUGCUUGUUUACUGCCCGGUUGCGGAUUCUUUAGCGCUGGGGAGUUUACAGGACUUGGAGGGUAGGAGGAGACUUGAUGAUGGUCAAAAUGACACCAUUUCUCUUAUUGCUAACCAGAGUCAUAUGGAAGAAAGUGCUGGAUUUAGUCCCAGUAGAAGCUCUGAUGUGUCAACCAAGCAGCGCGGAUCAAUUUCUUUCCGUGCUUUGGGAAAGGAGGAUGGUUCUUCUAGGGGACCAUUUGUGGAAUUGAGCCUCUUCUCUCCUAGUGAAGAUGCAACACCCCCAGAAUCACCUCCGCUUCUUGGCUGGCCUAUGCGUCCCUCUCCUUCACCUCACCAGUAGGAGCUGUGCAAAGAACCACCUAGAUAGGAUGAGAAGCAUGCAGCAACUAUUCGUGUUCAAUAUCAAUUUUGUGGUAAAGGAAAACUGAUUGUAAAGGGUUUAGAUUUUUGAAUAAGGGCUUUUAUUCUUGGUUUGCUUUUCUAGUUUUAGAUAAAUGGUGGUUUAGCUUGCUUGCUUAAUGGAAUUUGUGAUCUGAUCUUUCUUA